GAAGAUGAAAGAGGAAAGCAUGUGCCCGGACUCCCCCGAAGGCAGCCUGGUCACCAGCGAGGAGGAAGGCGAACGGCUGCACAAGAAAUGCCUCCGCAAGCGCGGCCAGGGGGGCAAGCCGGCGGAGGAUUGCGGCGCGCCCUCGCCGCAGGGCAAGCGGAGCAAGCGCAGCCCCGUCCCGCAGUCCUUCGAGGACGUGCACACACAGCGCGUGAUCGCCAACGUGCGGGAACGCCAGCGGACCCAGUCGCUCAACGACGCCUUCGCGGAGCUGCGGAAGAUCAUCCCGACCUUGCCCUCCGACAAGCUGAGCAAGAUCCAAACCCUCAAGCUGGCCGCCCGCUACAUAGACUUCUUGUACCAGGUCCUGCAGAGCGAUGAGCUGGACCACAAGAUCACCAGCUGCAACUACCUGGCCCACGAGAGGCUCAGCUACGCCUUCUCCGUCUGGAGGAUGGAAGGGGCUUGGUCCAUGUCCGCAUCCCACUGAG